AUGGCCACCACCGCCUCGGGGCCGGCCGCCUCGGCGCCGCAGCCGUACCCUACUCUCCCCGCCUCGCCCACGCUAACGAACCCCGACAUGAUUCUCCCCGAUUACCCCGAUUACGACCGCACCUCCUCCCCCGAUAUGGAUCAGGAUCGCUCCCAGUCGCCGUUGAUGAUGUGGAAGAACGCUCACGCCGCCGCCACGAGUAGCCAGCUGCAUCAGCUAUAUACCAUGUCUGGCCCGCCUCUCCUGCCCACCGUCAGUCCCGUCACCCCGACCACGCCUAUCAUCUACGGCAACGGCACCAUGCUCUCCGACAUUGGAGAGGUGACCGAGGCCGAGAGUACCCCGGGCAGGCCCUCGCCCGCCCGCCGCCGAGACACGUCCCCUGGCGACGAAGCCCUGCGUUCCUCCCCAACAAUGGGCCUGGAGGCUGUCAGGAAGCUACAGAGGCAGCGUUCGCACGACCGCGGCCGCCGCUCGUCGCUCGACAGCAACAGCACCAUCACCACGCAGGAGCAGACAAACUUAUUCGCGGACUUUGACGACACCGUUAGCGUUGGCGACAGCGUCUUCCAGGGUGACGACGAGGAGAGCGUAGCAGACUCGUACGUUCCCGACGAGGCGCCCAGGAGCCUACCACAGUCUCAGCACCCCGCACGCCACAACGGUCUCGAAGAUGGGUUUUCCAGCGCCGAAAGGCGGGCAGCUGCUGCCUCGGACCGCCAGUCCGCUUUCUUGCUAAGUCAGCGUGCGGAACAAAUCCUCGCUAACGCGAAGCGGAGACUGACGGCAAGUUCCCUCCCUGCCCAUACGACUAUGGAGGGUAAUCUCAACCGAGCACGGAGCUCGCUGCACACUUCAUCGCCGUCCAUCUCAUCUCUGGGCUCGGAUGGCACAGUCCCGUCCCCCACGCUCCAAUUUCGAUCGGGGAGCAGUCGGGACUCUACAUCCUCGCUCGGCCAUACGCGCAUGGGCAGCGACAAUACUCUGCGUAUCGGAAUUCCUGUCAAGGUCUACCCACAGAGAUCUGCCAGCGCACUCGGCGCCGCAGGCGGCUAUAGGCAACCGUUGACUACCUCGCGGAGCGUUGACCAAAUCCGGGAGAGUUCGCGGUAUGCAUCAGCACGCCCAACCCAUAAACCUCUCGUGGGCCUCGACAGCCCACUGGAGGCCUUGAGUGAGAAUGAGGACGACGCCUCGAGGCCGCAUGCAGGCGCCGAGUCUUCCAUCCGCAAUAGCGCUUACCUGGAAGGGUAUCUGAGCCCAACGUUUGGCCAGGGGAACGAUGGGGCCAAGGUUGUCACGCGGUCCGCGUCUACCACGCAGAUGCGCGACAUACGCGACCAAGUCAAAGAUCUCAAAGGCAAAAUCUCGAACCUACGGGACCAAGCACGUGCCGACAGUCUACGCAGACGAAGCUUCCAGAGCCUGCGAACCCCGAGUCCCUUCACCCACGCUCGGAUCGAACAGUGGUGUCCUGAACCAACAACUAAUAGAUUGGAGGAUGCGGAGGAAGCUGUGUCUCGGGACUCGGAGCAAUCAGGCGCGGACGGCGACACGAGCCCCGGAAGAAACGGCGACAUUGCAGAAUACGGGCGUGCCCAGGCGUCUUCAGGGGUAACUCCCGAAUCCGAGGCAGGUAGCCUUCAAGAGGAGGCGAUGGCGGCGCUACAGAAUGGCGACGAGUCCCUCGUCUUGGGAGCGCAUGCCAACUCCGAGGCUAGCGAAACCAACGAUGAUGAUGUGAGCGACAUGUUGACCGAGAACGGCGACUUCGGGGAUGAUCAGUACGAAACCGCCGACGCCCAGGGUUACGAGAGCGAGAGUGGUGAGUCGGCAUAUCACGAUACGCUGCAGCACCCAAUCUCGCACGAAGACCGGAAAGAUGCGUUCGAUUACGAGCACUUCAUCCUACACAGCGCUCUUGGGACGAUCAGUCAGCAACGACUGGCAAGGGGCGACAGGAGCGGGAGCUUCAGUUCGGACGACUCGGUCGUGACCACCCGCGGCCCAUUUGGCAUCGACGCAACCAUCCUGGAGGAGACGACGGGCGAGCCUAAACUCAGGAGACGCGGCAGCAACUCAUCAGACUCUACGGCGGCAUCUGUCGGGUCUGUAGAGUCGUUCGCCACGGCGGACGAGGGGCGGAGGAGCCACGAUGGCGGCCGAAGAACAGCGGAUGCUGAUCGGCCACGGGGACAGAGCCGCGUCCGGGAGCACGGCCGCAACUCCACCAGCCCCCCGGUCGAUACUACUCAGGCAGGCCACGGCCCGCUCGAGCCGGGAGCGGACGGCAUUGGGGAGCUAAGGUCGCCGCCUGUGGCUACGGUCCUACGGCGGCCGGCCAGUAGCGCGGCUGUACCGUUCCACCGGCCAUCGGUCUCGUCGUUUGAGUCGACGGGCACGAUGCGAAGCUUCCCGCUGGUGACGAGGAAAAAGGCGGCCAGCGUAUCAUUGACAGGCCACUCUAUUGCCGGCCUCCACAGCUCGUCCCCGGACGGGGACCUGCGGGCCAUCUCGGACAAGCUGAUGAACGAAGCAGCGGCCGUUUACGCACAGCAGGCUGGGCCCGGCUACCAGGUCGGGCGGACCAGCCCAACGAAGCGGGGCGGCAGCGUCCUGGUCAGGAGCAACACGCCAGCGCCGAUGCAACAUCUGCUGCGCGAGGACCAGUUCCUGGUGGAACGCCUGGUGGCGGGUAUUGGCCGGUGCGUCCUGGGGCUGAGCGAGAACGGGAGGGCCGGUGCCGAGAGCAGGAUGUAUCACAGGCGCCUCGACGCGGCCCGCAGGAUUCUGGAAGGUAUCGAUUCCGUGUAG